CUGUAGAGGCGCCCCCGGAAGUGCCCGUCGUCGGACGCCUGGAGGCUGCGCUGGGGGCUCAGGGCGGCGGAGGCGCCAUGGCGGAGCCGGUGGACGAGCUCGCUAAGCUCGAGUACCUGUCCCUGGUCUCCAAAGUCUGCACGGAGCUCGACAACCACUUGGGCAUCAACGACAAGGAUCUGGCUGAAUUUGUGAUAAACCUCGCAGAGAGAAAUACAACCUUUGAUGCAUUCAAGACAGCCUUGGUGAAGAAUGGUGCUGAAUUUACAGAUUCCCUCAUUAGCAACCUGCUGCGUCUUAUACAGACGAUGCGACCGCCUGUAAAACCUUCCACCAGCAAAGAGGCUGUAAAACCGAAAACCGAAAAAGAAAAGUACAAGGAGUUGUUUCCAGCCCUCUGUAGACCAGACAAUCCCAUUGUCAGGACAAUGCUGGAUGAAGAUGAUGUGAAGGUAGCUGCCGAUGCCCUCAAGGAACUGGAAGCUUUGAUGCCAAAUGCAGGCAAGCAGGAGAAGCACCGUAGCAGUGAGGACCACAAGAGAAGGCGGAGGAGCCGCAGCCGCAGCCGGGGCCGGGACCACAAGCGGAAGCGGAAGUCACCUUCUCGUUCCCGGACGAGGGAGCGGCAUAAGGGGAAGUCCAGGUAUCGCUCCAGGAGCAGAAGCCCCAGCUGGGACCGCAAGGAGCGGGAGAAGCCUGCAGAGAAGAACAGCGAGCGGUGGCGGGAUAAGCACGUGGACCGGCCUCCACCAGAGGAGCCUUCCAUCGGGGACAUCUACAAUGGCAAAGUCACCAGCAUCAUGCAGUUUGGCUGCUUUGUCCAGCUUGAAGGACUCAGGAAGCGCUGGGAAGGACUUGUCCACAUCUCAGAGCUGCGCCGCGAGGGGCGUGUUGCUAACGUGGCCGACGUGGUGAGCAAAGGGCAGAGGGUCAAAGUCAAAGUUCUGUCCUUCACUGGCUCUAAAACCAGCCUCAGCAUGAAGGAUGUAGAUCAAGACACAGGGGAGGAUUUGAACCCGAACAGACGUCGGAACCUUGUCGGGGAGUCCGAGGAGGCGGCCAUGAGAAACCCAGACAGGCCAACCCACCUGUCCUUGGUCAGCGCCCCGGAGGUAGAGGACGAUACGUUGGAACGGAAACGCCUCACCCGCAUUUCUGACCCUGAGAAAUGGGAAAUCAAGCAGAUGAUUGCUGCCAACGUGCUUUCCAAGGAGGAGUUCCCUGACUUCGACGAGGAAACGGGGAUCCUGCCGAAGGUUGACGAUGAGGAAGACGAGGACCUGGAAAUUGAACUGGUAGAGGAGGAGCCGCCGUUCCUGCGAGGGCACACGAAGCAGAGCAUGGACAUGAGCCCCAUCAAAAUUGUGAAGAACCCUGAUGGCUCCCUGUCUCAAGCUGCCAUGAUGCAGAGUGCGCUUGCGAAAGAGAGGCGAGAGCUGAAGCAAGCCCAGAGGGAGGCAGAGAUGGACUCCAUCCCCAUGGGACUAAACAAGCACUGGGUGGAUCCCCUUCCAGACGUGGAUGGGAGACAAAUCGCUGCCAACAUGCGAGGGAUCGGCAUGAUGCCCAACGACAUCCCAGAGUGGAAGAAACAUGCUUUCGGAGGCAAUAAAGCCUCUUACGGGAAAAAAACUCAGCUGUCAAUCAUUGAGCAGAGGGAAAGUCUCCCAAUUUACCGGCUGAAGGAUCAGCUCAUCCAGGCUGUUCACGAUAACCAGAUUCUGAUAGUCAUCGGGGAGACUGGCUCCGGGAAAACCACGCAAAUCACGCAGUACCUCGCUGAGGCUGGCUACACCACCCGCGGGAAGAUUGGCUGCACCCAGCCUCGCCGAGUGGCUGCCAUGUCCGUGGCCAAGCGGGUAUCGGAGGAGUUUGGCUGCUGCCUGGGACAGGAGGUUGGCUACACCAUCCGGUUUGAGGACUGUACCAGUCCCGAGACGGUGAUCAAGUAUAUGACGGACGGGAUGUUGCUGCGAGAGUGCCUGAUCGACCCGGAUCUGACGCAGUAUGCCAUCAUCAUGUUGGAUGAAGCCCACGAGCGCACCAUACACACCGAUGUGCUGUUUGGUCUCCUGAAAAAGACGGUUCAGAAGAGGCAAGACAUGAAGUUGAUAGUGACGUCGGCCACCUUGGACGCGGUUAAGUUCUCCCAGUACUUCUACGAGGCCCCCAUCUUUACCAUCCCAGGCAGGACGUACCCGGUGGAGAUUCUCUAUACUAAGGAGCCAGAGACAGAUUACCUGGAUGCCAGCCUGAUCACAGUCAUGCAGAUCCACUUGACAGAGCCACCAGGAGACAUCCUGGUGUUUUUGACUGGCCAGGAGGAGAUCGACACGGCCUGCGAGAUCCUUUAUGAGCGGAUGAAAUCCCUGGGUCCUGAUGUCCCUGAGCUGAUCAUCUUGCCCGUCUACUCGGCGCUGCCUAGCGAGAUGCAGACUCGCAUCUUUGACCCAGCUCCCCCAGGGAGUCGAAAGGUGGUCAUUGCCACGAACAUCGCUGAAACUUCGCUCACAAUUGACGGCAUCUAUUACGUGGUGGACCCCGGGUUUGUGAAGCAGAAAGUAUACAACUCAAAGACAGGAAUUGACCAGCUGGUUGUGACACCUAUUUCUCAGGCCCAAGCCAAGCAGCGAGCUGGGAGGGCUGGGAGAACAGGGCCAGGCAAGUGCUACCGGCUGUACACGGAGCGGGCCUACCGCGAUGAGAUGCUCACCACCAACGUGCCUGAGAUCCAGAGGACCAACUUGGCUAGCACUGUGCUGUCCCUUAAGGCUAUGGGAAUCAACGACCUGCUCUCCUUUGAUUUCAUGGAUGCCCCGCCAAUGGAAACUCUGAUCACCGCAAUGGAGCAGCUGUAUACUCUGGGCGCCCUGGAUGACGAGGGGCUGCUCACCCGACUGGGACGCCGGAUGGCCGAGUUCCCCCUGGAGCCCAUGUUGUGCAAGAUGCUCAUCAUGUCGGUGCAUCUGGGGUGCAGCGAGGAAAUGCUCACCAUCGUCUCCAUGCUGUCGGUGCAGAAUGUCUUCUACAGACCCAAGGACAAGCAAGCACUCGCUGACCAGAAGAAAGCCAAGUUUCACCAGACGGAAGGGGACCACCUCACGCUUCUGGCCGUGUACAACUCCUGGAAGAACAACAAGUUCUCCAAUCCCUGGUGCUAUGAAAACUUCAUCCAAGCCCGCUCGCUGCGCCGUGCCCAGGAUAUUCGUAAACAGAUGCUGGGCAUCAUGGACAGGCAUAAGUUGGACGUAGUGUCAUGUGGAAAAGCAACUGUACGCGUCCAGAAAGCCAUUUGCAGCGGUUUCUUCCGGAAUGCCGCCAAGAAGGAUCCCCAGGAGGGCUACCGGACCUUGAUUGACCAACAGGUUGUCUACAUCCACCCAUCAAGCGCCCUCUUCAACCGCCAGCCUGAAUGGGUGGUGUAUCAUGAGCUGGUGCUCACCACUAAGGAGUAUAUGCGGGAGGUCACCACCAUCGAUCCCCGCUGGCUGGUGGAGUUCGCCCCUGCCUUCUUCAAGGUCUCUGACCCCACAAAGCUGAGCAAGCAGAAGAAGCAGCAGCGUCUGGAGCCCCUUUAUAACCGCUACGAAGAGCCCAACGCCUGGAGAAUAUCGCGAGCCUUCAGGCGUCGGUGAGCCUUCCUCGUGUGCCGAGAACGGUGGCUGGACAUGGCACCAUCGCAGAGUCCAGCCUUGGGCAUAGCUGGACAACUUGCUAUGUACGUUUCAAGACUAAAAGGUGUAUUGGGGGGGGGGGCUGGUGGUGAAAUGCCAGCUCUUAAAGGCACCGCCCCCAUCAUGGCUGGUCUCAGAGACACCUUUCUUCACGGGAUAGAGAUUUUCUUCUGUUACCGUUCCUGCGCUGUGCAAGGGUCAAAAGUUGCCAUGCGGUUUUGAGUCUACUCUGUUACUGAAAGGCCUCCUUUCUCUGUUGUCCACUGGAAGCCCAUUUGAAAAGACUGUUUCUGGAGGAAGCAAGACAAAUACCCAGACCCCCUGCACGGGCGGCCUUGCUUUAAUGUGGUCUUCAUUUGUACUGCCAUGUUGCUCACCCACUUCCUGUCAGAGCCCACAGUGUACAAAAAGCUGCUCUCUUUUUUUCUUCAAGGAUUCACUGACAUCUGAAGUAACAUUCCUGUGUUUUGUCAGUAAUAUUGCCAAGCAGUUUUUAAAGAAAAUAUUUUUUAAAAGCUGGAGGCCGUGUUGUUUAGAUCAGAGCUUUUGUCUGUCUUUUUCUGUACGAUCUUACUUGCAUUUGGUGAGAAAUGCUCACUGUCCUCAAGGUUGGGUGUGCCUUUGCAGUACCAGGGAGGGGUGGCUAACCUGUAGUCCUUCAGGUGCUAUUGAAAUUCGAACUCCCUCCACCUCCCAGGCCAGUGGUUGGGGAUUAUGGGAGUUGUAGUCCCAGCAAUAUCUGCAAAGCCACCUGUUUUAGGAGGUGCAGUAAUAGUAAUAAUAAAUAAUAGUAAUUUUAUUUUUACAACCGCCCUCCCCGGCCAAGACCAGGCUCAGGGUGGGUAACAUCAGGUAUAAAAACAAUUGAUUAAAAUACAACUUAAAAACAGGAUUAAAAUACAACUUAAAAUGCAGCCUCAUUUCAGUGGAAGCCCAGAAUCAAAUUGGUUUUUUGGGGGGGAGGGGCGUCAAAUCUUCACCAAGGCCAACUAUCCAGACUGGUCCUACGUGGGCCAGGAAAAAAAAGCCAGGGAAGUCCCCAAAUAGGGGUUCCAUCACAGAAGGAAAAGGAAAGAGGGGGAGUGGAUCAGGCCAAUUCCAAGCCAAAGGCAAGGCGGAACAACUCUGUCUUACAGGACCUGCGGAAAGAAAUCAGAUCCCGCGGGGUCCUGGUCUCAAGAGACAGAGCAUUCCACCAGGCCAGAGCCAGUGUUGAAAAGGCCCUGGCCCUGGUUGAGGCUCAGGUGUACUUGAGGGAGAUUCAGAUGUACUUGAAGUAGAGAAGAGAGCGCAAUGCCUUCUUGAUGGCUCUAGGACUCUUCACAGCACCCCUUCCUUGCAACUGCUGGCAACUUUCUGCUUGCCUGCUGAGGGGGCUAAGAGAGGUGGUGUGAUCUUCUUUCAUGUCCCAGGUGUCUGUGGUACAAGGAGGACUCUUUAAAUGAAAAGCUGUCUUCAUUCGGAUUUUUUUCUCUGUCUGGAAGCUGGUUUUACACACACACACACACACACACACAAAAGUGCAUACCGGUACAUAUUGUGGUUGUCACCUUUCCGUCUUGAGAGACGAUGUAGUGCACCUGCAGGGGUGAAAUAAAAUCGCUGCAUUAGCAGCACCAAAGUGAAUCUCUUCUGGACGCAAGCCUGGGCAGUGUGUUUGGAGCUCUUGGGCUGACCAGAUGACAAGACCCACUUCUCGGCCUUGCUGUGGUGGUGUGAACAGAAACGGGGGUUGGAAGGUUGCCAGGGUAGCUGGGUGUGAGGUGACAGGAAAAGAGAGUUUUUAAGCAGGGUAUUCGGAGGAGGAGGAGGAGGAAAGAGAAGGAAGGAAUCCAUCUUGGGCAGGCUGGCUGAAGGCUGGCUCCACUGCUGUGGUGGUACAAGCCCCUCUUGACCAUACUUUAUGAUCUGGACUCCCUCCAUGCAGACUGAAGGUGUAAAUAGGUGAAUAAAUCCAUAUUUCUUAAAGCUAUGACCAUCUCCGCUGUGUCUCAAUUCUCUAAAGCAACGCAGACACUGGGUGAGUGCCUGAAACCCCCAGGAAUCUUGCAGAGGCUGGGGGUGGCACACAACUUUUUUAUCCAUACACACACACGCUGUGAUAUUCUGCCUUCUCACUUCUAGGGGAUAAACACUACUACGGUAAUAAUAUUGUUAACAGAGACACAUACAUCUCGCACACUCUUCUAUUCCUCCCCCUGCCGCCAACUCAAUCCAGAGAUGUCCAACGUGCAUUGAGAGGGGAACAGCUUCCUCCACAUAUCCAUCCUAAUGUGGUUGGCGCAAGCAUUGUUUAUGGUUCAGUAGGGUUUGCAGUUGUUUUGAUACAAGCAGUUGUAAAGAAGCUAGGGAGAAGAGAGGAGCGCAAUGUCGCCUUGUAUAUCCACUCCUCGUUUCUGCAAUCAAGCUGCUGGGGAAAAAAUCCUUUAGUAAGUGAGAGAAAUGGCUGUGUUCCGUUGGCUUCCCCCCGCUGCAAUGCGGAGAGCGAUUGAGGGAAAGUACUUUGCCUAACCAUUCUUCAUAAUUGCAAAGAGCUCAGUAUAUGACGACCAGCAGCAGCUUGACAUUCCUUGCUCCAGUUCCAAGCAGUGAACACAUCUGGUUUAAAUUAAUUUAAAAGAAUAAACUUGUAUGACUUUUUGAGAGCUGGAUGAGAAGGAAUCUCCUGUUUGUAAGUAGAGCUUUCUUUCAAAACGACACCAAGGAGAGAAAAGUGACCUUGAAGGCCUUCAGUGGGCGAGAAAUUGACAUUCCCCGAGUUACUAAAGUGAUCUGCAUACCACCUUGAAGCAGAACAGAGGAUUCUGUGGAAAUGAACCACUGGGAACUGACAAGAGGCUAGGAUAGGAUUUGUUCUUGGAAUACAAAGGCCUGUUCUUACUGUGUUACUGCCUCACGUUUUUUACACUUGUACAGUGGUACCUCGGUUUACAACCACAAUUGGUUCUGGAAGUCUGUACUUAACCUGAAGCGUACUUAACCUGAAGCGAACUUUCCCAUUGAAAGUAAUGGAAAGUGGAUUAAUCCAUUCCAGACGGUCCGUG